AUGAAAAGGAAACAGAUAACCGUCUUCAAGUGGGUUGUGACUUCUGCUGCAAUCAUCUUAAAUUUGUUCAUAUAUUUUUAUCCUGAUAUUCUAAAUUCGACUCAGCAAUGUGCAUGGCAUAAGUUUGAAGAUUCAACGAGACUUAAAAGCAGAUACCAAUGGAUUAACAGAUUGCCGGAGAAUAUUAGUGACAAAUUAUUAUUAAAUAUUCCUUCACUUUUGGAUAAUGAUGAGAAAUACAGUAAAUCGGCAUAUCAAGAAAAUGGACACAUCAAGGACAUCCAAAUGUUAACUUUUGGAGACCCGCAGAUAAAUGGGAACUGGCCACUGACUCCAUAUAUUAAACGUUUGGACAACUACGGAAAUGAUUAUUAUCUUGGUCAUAUAUAUAACGUGAUGAGCAAAAGAAUGAGACCAAGUCAUGUUGCGGUAAUGGGUGAUUUGUUUUCAUCUCAGUGGAUCUUGGAUUCAGAAUUCUUCAACAGAACUUACAGAUAUGUCGAAAGGUUGUUUCCCAGACCUCUAGAGUAUAAAAAAAAUGUUGUAGAUACUUUCCUCAAGCACGAGAAUUACGAUUGGCAACGUUUUUUGAGAGAAGAAAACGAAAUGGAUCCUGAUGUCAGAUUUGAAUCUCGAGUGAAUUAUGAUGUCUAUGAUUGGCUUCAUGAAAAUGUAUCAAUCCCAAAUUUUGAAGUGCCCCUCUUUAUUAAUUUGACAGGAAAUCAUGACAUCGGUUAUAGCGGUGAUGCAACAUGGCAACAUAUGUGUCGAUUUCAUCAGCUAUUUGGUCAAAAUAACUACGUGAUUAAUUAUAAUAAAGGAAAACCAGAAGAGUGGAGGCUAGUGGUUUUGGAUUCGCUUACAUUAGAGGGGCCUGCUCUUCAGUCUGAGUUUAUUAAUUUCACUUGGUCUUUCUUGGAAAAGUUGCAGGAAAAACAGAACCCCAAUUUCAAAGGCGCAACCGUUUUACUAACCCAUAUUCCGUUUUAUAAAGAGGAAGGGUUAUGUAAAGAUGGACCUGAACACAAAUAUUACAUAACAAAUGAGAGGGAACCAUAUAAAGUUGGUAAGUUAAGGUCACAAAACCAUUUGUCAAACGAAACGACUCAGAAAGUACUUGAUAUCUUGUUCCCUAACAAAGACCAGCCUGGAGUCAUUUUAACUGGUCAUGACCACGAAGGCUGCAAUAGCUGGUACAACUAUCAAGAUGGUGAAUGGCUUGCCGCAAAACAAAAGCUAUCUUCUGAAAGACAACCUGUGAGAGAGAUAGUUGUCAGAUCGAUGAUGGGAGAUUUUGGUGGCCAAACUGGCAUCUUCACUGGGCACUACGACUAUCAUAAGAAACAUUGGAUGUUCGACUUCUCUUAUUGUUCAUUUGUGGUUCAACAUUGGUGGUGGGCCGCAAAAAUAGUUUCAGCAGUAGCAAUCUUACUUCAAUCGAUAGGAUAUAUAUUUGAGUGGUGA